GUAACUAAACGUGAAGCAGUGCGAACGCGCGCAGCGGCACAAUUCCAACGUUCUUGGCUUUCAUCCGGCGUUUUUCCCCCAUCAAUCACUUAAGAAACCCGCCCAAUGAAACCUAGUGCUAAACACAAUUUUAAAUCGGUUUUCGAGUGCUUACACAACCAAGAAACCCACAUAUAAACCAAUUUACCAAUAAACCAAUGUGAACAUGUGCAAUUAGCUUGCAGAAACUACGAAAUACUAGAAAUCAAACAAAACAAAUACGAUAAACUUGCAAAACUCUCGCUUUUGGGAUUAUCAACAAACACACGAGUGAAAUUUUCGCAAGGACUUGUGAAAAGGAUAACAAAACGCACACAAACAGACAAUCAAAAUGGUCAACAAACAGUAUUCGGCCACCGAUCUGGAGGCUUUUAUGAAGAUCGCCGCCAACUGGCAAAAUUCCAAUCACAACUUGCUGGAGGGCGUCGACUUGAAGACGGAAAUGACACAGUACAUGAACAGCCCAUCCAUGAACAUGUACAAGAAGAGGGAGCGCACACAGAACUGGAACCACCAGGAGAAGAAAUACCUGCUCGAUCUGUGUCGCAAGGACAUGCGCAUCAUCGAGAACAAGAGAUUGGAUGCUGGUCUCACGGCCGUGAAGAACAAGGCCUGGAAGAUCAUCCACCAAAAGUUCUCCAAUCAGUUUGGCACCGAUCGCACCUGCAAUCGCCUGAAGGAACAGUGGCGUCGCAUGAAGGCGUGCACUCGCAACGAGAUCCUGGACUACAACAAUCGCCUGGCCAGGUUUGGAGCAGAGGUGGCCGACCGCAAGAAGCCAUCUCCCUUCACCUUUGAGGUGUGGGAUUUCAUGCAGGAGGCGAAGAAGGCCUGCAAAUCGGAGGCUCUGGAUGGCAUUGACUACUCCAAGAUUCCCCUGGCCUUGGAGGAGGGUUUCGAGUACCGCGAGGACUACAAAUUCAAUCCCGACGACCACGACAUGGAUGACAGCAGCCGCACACCGCCGCAAGAACUGUGCGAUGUGGACAUCAAGGAGGAGGAGAACAACGAGACCUUCAACGAGACCUUCAACAAUCACCACCUCAACCAGAGCGACAUCCACGGCGGCGGCGAGCGCCUCAGUGUGUCGCCCAAUCACAGCAUCAGUCGCAAUGGAAUCCACGAGGCCGAGAGUCCCGCCACAAUCUCCGCAGCUAAUGCCCUGGAUUCGAGCGGUGCCUUUAUGGCCGGAGGAGGUGACAUGUCCGGCUUCCAGGCCAACUUCAACAUGAACAACAUAUCCGCCACGCUGGAGGCCCUAAAUGCCCUCCGAUCUGGCCAGUUUCCCAGUGCAGCAGCAGCGGCAGCCGCCGCCAUUCACCAGCACCAGGCACAGGCCCAAGUCGCCAUGCAUCACCAGCACAACAACAACAACAACAACGAGGACGACGAGGAUAGCAUGAAGCCACAGUCCAAGAGACAGCGGACCAGCAGUGGUAGUUUGUUGGGCAGCGAGGACCAGACACCAGCCCUGGCCACUUCGGUGCCUGCAUCCUCGGACUGUCAGGCUCUGGAGCGGUCCGGCAGCAGCAGCAAUGGACUGGCCAUGACGGGAACGGCGGUCAGCAGCAAUGCCAACAGCAGCAACAACUUUGAGCUGAGAAUGUUCAUGGAGAUGCAGAGCAAGGAGCACAUGAUGCGCAUGAAGAUCCUGGAGGUGCAGUUGCAGGCGGCCAAGCACAGUCGCGACCUGGUGGAGAUCAACAAGACAUUGGCGUUGCAGAAGCUGCAGCUGGAGUUGGCCAGCAAGCGACUGCCCAGUUAGGAGGCAGUGCAGCAGCAGAAGGAGCAGCAGCAGCAGCAGCAGCAACAGCAGCAGCAGCCCAUCGCCGUUUCAUGUUACAUUAGUUUAUAGAUUUAAAGCCUGUCACCGCAGUCACGUUCGCAGGCAGAGAGCGUGACUGGGAAUCGACUAGAGUUAGCCGUAGAGUUAGUCUUAAGUUGAAAGCAGGAUCCAUAGCUACACAUCCAACCCGACACACACAGAGAGACAUUCCUGGCAUUGUUGAUCAGUAUUUGAAAGCUAGAAGCGAACCCCGAACCCCGACACACAGAACCGAACCCAAGAAACCCAGCGAGGAUCAGGAGGCGCUCGGAAGUAGUAUGCCAUAAUCUUAUGAUGAUGAUGAUGAAUCGCCUACCUCACAAGCACACACACAGGAUGCACACACUCAGCUAGCAGACACACAGACACACUCUCUUCUGGCCUAACCAGCACUUGACCAAGUCAAGUCAAGUUUAGUUAGUUUCUAGUUUUAGUUCGUAUGGGAACCACUCUCUCCAAGUUGCUCAACUACCACAAAUGUAUUGUACUUACGUUCUUGACUUCUGCAACCACCACAACUAACGAUUUAAAGAAUUAUGAAAUGCGCACAUGAUUAUUUUGCAUAGUCCUAAGAGAAGAACGAGACCUAUAUAUGUCAAUGCAUCAUACAAUCGGCAGUCGUCUCUGAUUUUGAUUCUUACUUGUACUUGUAUUUAUUUGUAUCUUUGUAUAGACUAUGUUGAUAUAUAUACGACCCCUAUAUAUGUUUGUUUGAAUGCCAUAUUAAAUGAAAGUUCAUUUUAA